GCUGUACUAGUGCAAUAAGUUAAGGCCGCAGCACACACUUUUGCAUAAGCGCAUAACCAUAAGCAUAAAAAAAUUGAUUGGUUCAUUUUCUUAUGCAUACACUUGGGGACCAAUCAAUUUCCUUAUGCUUCUGCCUUUAGAAAAAGACAUACAUACUUUCUUUCACUCUAACUAAUUGCACUAGUGCAGCAAUGCAGCUAAAACGAAUAGACCCAUUACUGGAAAGCACGUGUAUUAAGCAGUGUGUAUUUUGUACAUCUACUUUGGAUUUGUAAAUUGUAAAAUAAUAAAAAAAAAAGUUUAUAAUUGAAAAUCGAGGACUGCCGUAAAUAUAAAAAUCAAUAAUUCGCUAUGAAGGAGAUUGUGGUAGAUAUUGAGCAUCGUGCUGAUGAUUAUGACAAUUGUAAUACAUUUGUCUUACCUUCAAAAAAAAUAAAAACAAAGAACAUAAAUAAGGAAGUAAAAACUCAGUUGUUAUCAAAAAAACGUAGGAAACAAUUAGAAAACAUAAUAGAGAGAAAAAAGAAGAAAUUACAGAGAACAACAUUGUUAGAAGAUUUGGCGAAAUUACAAGCAUCUUCAGAUGAGUUGCAACAAUAUACAAGUUUAACAUCUUUGCAAAAUAAAGGUUUAAAGCGUCAUUUUCGAGAAUUAGAAAUGCCUAUUUCAAAAUUAAAAUGUAAGAAAAAUGAAAUAGAGAAAAGUGAUAUAACAGAGGCAACUUUUUGUGCAAAUUCUAUCAAAGGUAGCAAGAAGAAAAGAUUAGUUACCAUUAGUUUGGACCAUGCAAAACAAAACAAAACUACUUUUGAUUCAAAUAUGAUUGGAUUUGAAUCCAGUGAUAGCAGCAAUGAAAAUGAUUGUAACAAUAAAAAUGAAAAUAAAACACAUGUUUCUGACAAUAUUGCUAUUUCUAUGGAAAAUGAAAAAAAUAAUGAGAAUCUUCUAAAAAAUACGCAAAAGAAAAUACUUCCAGCUAAAUCUCAGGAAUCUAAAAAAUCAGUAGGAAAGCAAACAGCUAUUUCUAAAAUUUCUUCAUCUACUGUUUUUGUACCUGUAAAUAGAAAGCCAGAGAUACAAGCAACUAGAUUAAAACUACCUAUUGUUACAGAAGAACAAAUAAUAGUUGAAACAAUAAAUGAAAAUCCAAUAACCAUAAUUACUGGAGAAACAGGAAGUGGCAAAACAACACAAGUGCCUCAAUUUUUAUAUGAAGCUGGAUAUGCUGAAAAUAAAUUAAUUGGAAUAACUGAACCAAGAAGAGUAGCAGCAAUGUCAAUGAGCAAACGAGUAGCUGAAGAAAUGAAUCUUACCGAAAAACAGGUUUCAUAUCUAAUCCGCUUUGAGGGAAAUGUUACUGAAGAAACAAAGAUCAAAUAUAUGACUGAUGGUGUUUUGCUGAAAGAAAUUCAAAAUGAUUUUUUAUUAAAAAAAUAUUCUGUCAUUAUACUCGAUGAAGCACACGAACGCAGCGUAUAUACCGAUAUUCUGAUUGGUCUAUUAUCAAGGAUUGUUCCGCUUCGCAAUAAACGCAAUGAUUCAUUGAAAUUGAUAAUUAUGUCUGCUACAUUGCGUGUGGAGGAAUUUGUAGAGAAUAUGAAGUUGUUUAAAACAAAACCGCCAGUAAUUACAGUUGAAACACGACAAUUUCCUGUAACAAUACAUUUCAACAGAAGAACAAACGAAAAUUAUAUCAAUGAAACAUUACGUAAAGCAAUCAAAAUACAUACUCGUCUACCAGAAGGUGGUAUAUUAAUUUUUUUAACAGGUCAGCAAGAGGUACAGAUGAUCGUACGUAAAUUACGUAAAUUAUUUCCAUUAAAGAAAAAUAAAUAUCUUAAAACUAAAUUAGUAGAUUCUGAAAAAAACGAAAUAUCAUUGAAAGAAGAAACGAAUAAUGAACAUAGUAAUAAUGAUGAUUCCGAUAAUGAUUUUGAUGCUAAAGAAGCACAUCAUAAUCAACAGAGGAGAAAGAAACAAAUUAUAUUUCCGACUAUUAAUCUUGAUGAUUAUUCGACAACUCUUAUUGAUGACACACAUGAAGAUUUAAUCAAUGUACAAGAUGGAGAUAAUUUAGACGAAGAUGAAGAUGAGGAUGAAAUUAUUGAUUUUAAGUUGAUGACAAAUACACAACCAUUGUGGGUUCUACCUCUUUAUUCUCUUUUACCAAGUCAUAAACAAGCUAAGGUGUUUGAAUUGCCACCAGAAGGAUGUCGUUUAUGCGUAGUAUCCACUAAUAUUGCAGAAACAUCGUUGACAAUUCCCAAUAUCAGAUAUGUUAUAGAUAGUGGGCGUUGUAAAACAAGACUAUAUGAUAAAGUGACUGGUGUGAGCACAUAUCAUAUUUGCUAUACGAGCAAAGCAUCAGCCAAACAGCGUGCUGGCAGAGCUGGAAGAACUCGACCUGGUCAUUGCUACAGAUUAUACUCAUCGGCUGUGUACAAUGACCAAUUUGAAGAAUAUAGUCAAUCAGAAAUAUGUAAAAAGCCAGUGGAUGAUUUGUUAUUACAAAUGAAGGCGAUGAAUAUAGAUAAAGUCGUUAAUUUUCCAUUUCCUACGCCACCGGAUAUUGUACAAUUGAAGUUUGCAGAAAAACGGCUUACAGUACUUGGAGCAUUGCAAUCAGUUCCGAAAAAACAAGAGUUGUACUGUGCAAAAGUGACAUUGCUUGGACGUAGUAUUGCCACAUUUCCGGUUAUCCCACGCUAUGGCAAAAUGUUAGCACUAUCACAUCAACAUAACUUAUUAAAAUAUACAAUAUGCAUGGUAGCAGCUCUUAGUGUUCAAGAAGUGCUCAAAGAGACAUUUGGUAUAGAAAGUUCGGUUAAACAUAAAUGGCUAUCAAUGCGUCGUUGCUGGAGUGGCACAGGCAAUAGUUUACUUCUUGGUGAUCUAAUGGUUCUGAUAAAAGUUAUCGGAUGUGCCGAGUAUGCAGAAUUUAAAAGAAAACUGUUCUCUUUCUGUGAAAAAACUGGCUUAAGAUACAAAGCUAUAGCUGAGAUCAGAAAACUUAGGCAGCAACUCACUAAUGAAAUUAAUUUAAACAUUUCUGAUCUAAAUCUAAGUAUUGAUCCAAAAAUGGUGCUACCAACUGACAUCGAAGCUAAAUUACUCCGUCAGAUAGUUCUUGCGGGUAUGGCGGAUCAAAUCGCGAAAAAGGUGUCAUUUGAUGAGAUAAAAGAAGAUCACAACAAAAUUAAGUGGAAGCACGCCUAUAAAACAGCAGAAAUGGAGGAACCUAUAUUCAUGCAUUCUUCAUGCAUCUUAUGGAAAACCAGUCCGGAUUGGGUAGUUUACCAAGAGCUUUAUGAAACAAAUAAGAUUUAUAUGCGAAAUGUCACAGCAAUAGAACCUGAAUGGUUACCAAAAUUUGCACCUACAUUGUGCAACCUCAGUGAACCAUUGAUUGAUCCACCACCAAGGUAUGAUCGAGAAACAGGAAAAAUUAUUUGUCGUGUAAGCGGCACAUUUGGAAGAGCAGGGUGGAAACUUCCAUUAAUGGAUAUAGAGCAUCCAUUGACAAUGGAUGGUAUCAAGUGGUUCACAUUUUUCUUCUUACAAGGUCAAAUAUGCCCUAAAUUGAAACGAUUUGUGCCAUCAUUAUUAACGACACCGAGCAGCGUCACUAAAUCUUGGGCCAAACUAAUACCACGCACUCAAGCAAUAGUACAAGCAUUAUUAUCGUACGAAAUCAUGUCCAAGGAUAAACUGCUGCAAAUGUGGAGUACAGAUAAGAAAUUCUUAUUAGUACCCUAUCAGAAAUGGCUGCCGGAAUCAGCGCACGCAGAAAUAGCUAUUUUAUGGCCACCUUUAUAAUACAAUUCAUAAUAUUAAGAUUGUAACUACAUAAUUUCUUAGUAUUUGUUAUAUAUGAAUUUUUUUAUAAUAUAAUGAUAAAAUGUAUCUUAAUUAUUGUAUUAGAUAUGUAAAUUAAAUCGGUGCCUUUA